CUUCCUUCCUUCCUUCCUUCUUCUGCAGUUGUUCAUCUCCCUCCUUCUCUUCUGUUCACCUGUAAUAAUCAAAUCCAUUUAAUUUAAAAAUAUUCGUAAUCAAUUUAAUUUCUGUUCUCGCUUUCCAAGUUCUGUUUUGCUGUAUAAUUUCCCCUAUUUCACAAACAGAGAUGGAUACAAAUUUAAACGACAAGGAGUCCAUGAUUGCUCGAAUCCAACAAUUGGAACAUGAGCGUGGUGAAUUGCAUAAAGAUAUAGAACAAUUGUGUAUGCAGCAAGCUGGACCUGGCUAUCUUGCUGCCGCUACUCGAAUGCAUUUUCAAAGGACAGCUGGAUUGGAGCAGGAGAUUGAGAAUUUGAAAAAGCAGUUGGCUGCUUGCUCAAGAGAUAAUCUUAAUCUUCAAGAGGAGCUUUCUGAGGCUUACCGAAUCAAAACCCAAUUGGCCAAACUACACCAAGCAGAGGCUGCAAAGAACAUGGAGGCAGAGAAACAGGUUAAGUUUUUCCAAGGCUGUGUAGCUGCUGCUUUUGCUGAGCGUGAUAAUUCGAUAAUGGAGGCUGAAAAGGCAAAGGAGAAGGAGGAGUCAAUGUCCCAGAAAUUUAAGGAAAUUCAGCAGAGGUUAGAAGUGCUUAAUUCAGAUUUUCUUGAACAGAAGAGACUAAAUGAUACACUGCAGAGUGAUUUAUCAAAGCAAGAUGAGCAGAUUGAGACUUUCAAGAAGGUUGUCAACAAGUUUUACGAGAUCAGGCAGCAUUCUCUUGAGGGAUUUGAGGAUACUAGUUGGGACAAUAAAUGUGCAUGGCUGUUACAUGACUCAGAAGAGUUGUGGAGUUAUAAUGAUUCCUCGACUUCUAAAUACAUUAGUGCGUUAGAAGAAGAGGUGGAGACACUGAGGAACUCUCUGGAUAAGCUUCAAAGCAAAAUACGAGUGGUUCUUUGGGACAAAAUGGUUAUGGAGGGGAUAACAGAAUUACACCAUUACCAUUCUCACCAUAGAGUUCAGAUCACGAGUUUACUUAGCAAGGAAAGAUCUCAUAUCAAAUCAAUUAUUGAUAUGGUAGAAGAAAAGAUCAAGCAAUUUGAUGUGAUCAGCGAACAGGAUUUGGUGCCUUGUAGAGUUGUAAGACUGCAAGAAAAUGAAUUUCGAGAUGUGCAUAUGAGUACUGAUGCUGAUCCGGACUUGGCACCCAAGAGAAUUGACCAAGGAGCACUAGAUGCUGUGGCUCAUAAAGAAGGCAACACAUCUGAAGCCCUUGCACAGGCCAUGCAAGAAAAGGUUGCAGCAUUAUUGCUUUUAUCUCAGCAGGAAGAAAGACAUUUACUGGAGAGAAAUGUCAAUGCAGCUCUUCAGAAAAAGAUGGAGGAGCUUCAAAGAAACUUUCUACAAGUCACCAAUGAAAAGGUUAAAGCUCUUAUGGAGUUGGCGCAGUUAAAGCUCGAAUAUCAACAACUACAAAAAAAAGUUGGCAGUGAAAUAAAACGAGAUUUUUCAGCUGAAACUGGGGAGAUGAGACUUUCUAAUAUAGAAAGGGAUGGAAAGAUAAGAAACCUGUUGAAGAGGACAUAUCUAAGACGUUGGAUGGGCACAAUGGAUUUUCGUGGAAAUGAAGCUCAAACUUGCCUGAGUAGUGAAGGGAAUUUCUCUAGGAAAAGAGCAAAUGACAUGGAUUUUGCCAGAAUGAAGAUUGAAAAUGCCACUCUCAAGGAAAGCAUGGAAUGUAUGGACCACCUAAUUUCUUCAAUUCACAGACUUCACCUUGCACUUCUAAAGGUCAAAGAGUCAGAUACUCGUGAAGGUACUAGUACUGGCUUGCUAGAAGCUCUUAAUGAUAUCAUUUCUGAGGCUAGACUUGUGAAGACUGCCCUUGGAAGCUCCUUACCUGUUAGUUGGUCUGCUGAGGCAGAUGAUGCAUCAAUUGGUGAAAGUGUCUGCGAUGAGCUAAGUGAUAUUUAUGGGAACCCCAUUGGAGAGAAGAUAGAUUCUGUUUCUGCUGCAGGUUUUGAGAUGGUGGAGCUUCUGAUACUUGCAGCUCAGAUACUAAAGGACAAUAACACCAUAAAGGGUUGCUGAGAUUGGAGUUUGUUUAAUUCUGGUCUGUGUGGGCUUUGUUCUGUGAUGAAAAGCAUAAAGUAAUUAAUAGGGGUUUAGGGCAUACUAAAGGGGCUUUUCGGCAAAGAGAAGUGAAAAUUUGUGCAGUGUGAAGGAAGACGGCGAACUUUUGGAACAACUUAAUCAGUGCAGAAUGAAAGCCGAUGCUUAUCUUGUCAUUGUAGAGCCUUUUAUUGUAUUUAUGGUGUUUUGAAAGGAAAGGAGGAGGGAAUAGAGUUCAAUUCCUUUGUAUAUACAUGGUUAGACAUAGGCCAGUUGCAUAAAGUACAGUAAUAUGAACUGGGUUAUUAGAUUAUUUCAAUGACAGUUUCUGAGCUUUUGUGUA